AUGACAAUUUAUAAGUGUUUUGUUGUUGUUUCGCACAUAACCUACAAACAUAUAUAAAUUGACCGUAAUGGUUUACAUUAAAUCAGUAAAUAAGUUUAAUUAAACUAAAUAUAACAUGAAGCGAUAGGAAAAAUGAUUUCGCCACGUUGUCAUGAAUUCCUUAACUUGUUUCAGCGUUUGGUGCCAAAAAUUUUCAUUAACCAUGUGAAAAAUGUUAGUACAUCACCUUCGGACAAAGUACGAGUCAGAUUCGCACCGAGCCCUACGGGCCACCUGCACUUGGGCGGCCUGCGCACGGCGCUCUACAACUACCUGUUCGCGCGGUCCCGCGGGGGAGCCCUGGUGCUGCGGCUGGAGGACACGGACCAGAGCCGGCUGGUGCCGGGGGCUGCAGAGGCCCUGGAGCGCGACCUUGCCUGGGCGGGGAUCCCCCCAGACGAGUCCCCGGCCCGCGGCGGCCCGCACGGCCCCUACACCCAGUCCCAGCGCCUGCCCAUCUACAGGGAGCAUGCAGAGCGCUUGCUGCAGAGCGGGGCGGCCUACCGCUGCUUCUGCUCGGAGCGCCGCCUGGACUUGCUGCGACGCGAGGCGCUGAGGGCCCGGCAGGUGCCCCGCUACGACAACAGGUGCCGCCACCUGUCGCAGCAGCAGGUCGGCGAGAAGCUGGCCCGCGGAGAACACUUCUGCAUCCGCUUCAAGCUGGUGCCGAGCCCGGAGCCGUUCCAGGACCUGGUGUACGGGCCGGUGGCGUACGACGUGGGGCGCCACGAGGGAGACCCCGUCGUCCUGAAGGGCGACGGCUACCCCACGUACCACCUGGCGAGCGUGGUCGACGACCGCCUCAUGCAGGUCUCCCACGUGCUGCGCGGCGUGGAGUGGCAGGUGUCCACACCCAAGCACCUGCUCAUCUACAGGGCGCUGGGCUGGGAGCCGCCCCAGUUCGGCCACCUGCCGCUCAUCCUCAACCCUGACGCCACGAAGCUGUCCAAGCGGCAGGGCGACGUCUCGGUGGGGGGCCUCCGGGAGCGGGGCAUCUUCCCGCUGGCCCUUCUCAACUAUGUCACCCUCGCCGGGGGAGGCUUCACCCGGGACCUGUACCGCACCAAGCCCUGCAUCUACUCUCUUCCGGAGCUUGCCAGCGUCUUCGACGUGGGGCGGCUGAAUGCGCACUCGUGCCGCCUGCAGCCGGACCAGCUGCGGGAGUUCAACCGGCUGGAGCUGCAGCGGCGGCUGUCCAGCGGCGACGAUGCCGAGCUGGUGCAGCAGGUUCGCCAACUCGUCGCCACUAAGUUUGCCCGCAGCGGGGUGCAGCUGCGACUGGAGGACGAACACGUGCUUGCCGUGCUGCGCUGGAGCCAAGCACGGGUGCACACCCUGCGGGACCUCGUCGAGCCACACCUCGCCUUCCUGUGGGUCGUGCCCUCCACGGCCGUCGACCUGCCGCCCGCCCACCGAGCCGUGCUGGAGAGGGUGAGUGCGGAGGUGGCAGGCAUGGCGGACGCGCAGUUCCAGAAGGAGUGGCUGAAGCCUUGGCUGCAGCGGGUCGCGGAGGACAGCGGUGUGCAGUUCCGCGAGCUCAUGAAGCUGCUGCGCGCGGUGCUGAGCGGCCUCCAGGAGGGGCCGGGCGUGGCCGAAAUGAUGCACAUCCUGGGGAGGAGCGAGACAGCCUCCCGGCUGGACCGGGCACUGUCUGUACUCAAGACGCAUUCGCAGUGAUUGAGGCGGGACUUGUUCUCUUGGUUUCCUACUUUAAGAAAUAAAUCUUUUUUUUUUUUUGAAA